CUUUCCACUGUUUGAUGCGUUCGAACGUUUAGCGAGAUCGCUCCCGUUAACCAAACCAAAACACAAGUCACAUAUAAACAAAUAAACAAAGAAAACAUAAAGUCAAUACAAUAUAUAUACAUAUCCAUAUAUAUAUAUGCAAUAAAAACAAUCGAGUUUCGUCGCGUUAUUUCGCUCGCUUGUUUUGAAGAUUUUUUCGUUUCUGUUUCCGUUUGUAUUGUGUUUUUGUCCAGCCUAAGUUAAAUGCGAUUUGUUAGUUUGUCGUUUUGCCGACGGGAUCAAAUUUACCGUUAUUAAUGUUGUCGCUAGAUAAACUCAAGCUCCCAGCCAAACUGAGAACAAGAACAAGAACGUGUCCAAUGACCAAUAUCCAAUACAACAAAUCCAAAUACUCAGUGCACAGCUGACACAUAAGAUAUCUGCAUAUAUAAUACAAAUAAAAAUACGCUAGCUGAAUCCAAGAAGAAAAAUAAUAAGCAAACUGCAUUAAGUAAUUUAUUGUAAUAUCAUAAUAAGCAUAACAAAAUUAAGUGACAAGUGCAUCUCGAACUGCAGCAACAAUAAAUCUUUAAAUUCUCAUCGUUUUCGAAGCAGAAGAGAAAUAAACAAAGUACAAAAAAAAAGCGGGUAGACACACGUGUCAAAUCAACAAGUGCAACGCGAACUUGACAAUUCCAACUGCAGCAGAUUACUAAAGGAUCAAAGCAAACCCCACAUAACUGAACUUUACUGAGCAUUAACGCUUGGCAAAGUAGAAUAACCGGACAGAAAACAAAUACAAUAAACCCGCAUCAUAUUUAAUUGUAAUUCUCCUUUUUGCUACGCGCACAAAAACCAAACAAAAACUUGAACUAUAGAAUGGUAGAAGGUGAUUCUGGAAAAAGUAAAAGCGAAUCCUAUAAUGUAGAAGCUGGCCAACAACCAAACUACAAUCAGCACGCAGCAAGCAAUCCAAGCAACCCGACAAACCUAAGCGGUUCGAAUAGCAAUAGCAAUACGCAUAUUGAUAAUCGUGCCAUUAUCCAGCCGUAUUCGUUGGGCACGGGUGCCAAGCAGCCGGAGUAUCAGUUUGCGGCAGAUAAUCGCGGCUACGAGCCGGAAACAAAUACCAAUGGCAAGCAGCAGGACGUAGAGCGUACCGGUGGCGGUGCCGUCGCUGGCGCUGACAGUUCCGAUGGGAAUCCAAAGCGUAAGCAACUGCCACCGACCCGUCCCAUAGUCGCUAACUUCGAGCGGGCCAUCGAGCUGUGCGAAUAUGGCAAAUUCCACUACAUACUGCUGGCCAUUUGCGGCCUGGUCAGUACGUCGGAGGAAAUGGAUGUCAUCUCCAUGUCAUUCAUUCUGCCAUCGGCGCAAUGUGAUUUGGAUCUAAAUACCGAAACAAAAGGAUGGCUCAAUUCGAUCAUCUUCAUUGGCAUGAUGGUCGGCGCCUAUUUCUGGGGCAGCAUCGCCGACAGUUUUGGACGCAAAAAGAUUCUCAUUGUCAUCUCGUUUAUGAAUGCCUUCUGCAUUGUUGCCUCGUCGUUUUCGCAAACUUAUGGCUAUUUCAUGCUCUUUCGCUUUCUCAAUGGCGCAGCGCUGGGCGGCAGUGGUCCUGUCAUCUGGUCAUAUUUCGCCGAAUUCCAACCGAAAGCGAAACGCGGCUCGAUGCUUAGCUUCAUGGCUGCCUUCUGGACCUUUGGUAAUCUGUUUGUGGCCGGUUUAGCCUGGCUAAUCAUUCCCACACAAAUUGGUUACACUUCGACCGAGUUCACAUACAACUCGUGGCGCAUCUUCCUAUUGGUCUGCUCGAUUCCCUCAUUUCUUGUUGGCUUCCUGCUCUUCUAUCUGCCCGAAUCACCUAAAUUUCUGCUCACCCGGGGCAAAAAGGAUAAGGCGCUGGCCAUUUUCCGUGGCAUCUUCGUGACGAACACACGCAAGAAGCCCGAAGAGUAUAUGGUCUACGAUCUGGAGGUCGAUGAGAAAACGUCCACAGAUAGCUCUGCUGGCGGUAAGGGUAAAUAUCAUCGCAUGGUCCAUGGAAUGGUCGAUCACAUCCGCGAUCUGUUCAAAUCGCCCAUAUUGAGAUUCACACUCGUCUCGAUCACCAUCAAUUUUACAUUCCACAUUGGCUACUAUGGCCUGAUGAUGUGGUUCCCGGAGGUGUUCAAUCGCUAUGAGGAGUUCGAGAAGACGCAUCCCCAACAGCAAGCCGACAUAUGCACCGUCACCGAAUAUGUGGUGAAUCAGAGCCGUGCCGCAAGCAACAAUGGCACCUGCAAUUCGGAUAUACCCUCAUCGGUGUUCAUGGAAUCGCUGAUAACGCUCGCCUCCGCCCUACCAGCAAAUCUGUUUGCCAUCCUCGGCAUGGAUAUGUUGGGACGCCGCUUCUUCCUCAUCGCUGGCACAAUGACGGCCGGCAUCUGCUCGGCAUUGAUGUAUUUGGUGCGCAGCUCACUGCAGAAUCUAAUCGUCUCGGCCGUGUUCAGUGGCGCCAUAUCGGCGGCAAAUGCGGCCCUCGACUGCCUCAUCACCGAAGUAUUCCCAACCAAGUUGCGUGCCACUGGCGUUGCCAUUUCGAUGGUGGCGGCACGACUUGGCGGCAUCAUUGGCAACAUUGUGAUCGCCCAGCUGCUGGAUCAUUUCUGUCCUGUGCCAACGUUCAUUGUGUCUGGCCUGCUCAUCGGUGGCGGUCUUAUGUGCCUCCUGCUGCCCAAUACGACGCGAAAGGAGCUCAAUUAAGUGCCGUUAACAAUUAGUAGCAAAGCAACCACAAUCCCUCCCUUAGCCCCCAACCCUCCUAAUACCCCAUAAAAUAUUAAAGAAGAACAAUGCAAAACACACAAAAAAACAGCAAGAAAAAAAUAUAUCUGCUAAGAAGCAGUUGAGAAACAAUAUCUAACCCAAUAGACCCAAUAACACCACCAGCCACCCCCAACCGUAGCCCGCUUAGAAGGCGGGACUCGUAUUGUUUUUGUACGUAUGUAUUUACAUAUAUAUAUAAUGUAUAAUGUGCCUUACAUUAUACGGAUUAUAUUUACGAUUUAUUGUGGAUCGUCAGUAAUUAUGAUUAAUGAUUAAUGAUAA